UCACAAAAAGCGAAAGCUAUAUAAACUUUUGAGCUCAAAAAUAUUUGGGUGAAAAUGCCUUUCAAUUCUUCUAUCAAUUGUUUAAGGAUUUCUUCUGAUAAGCACAGAGGAAUGAGAAAUUAUAUGGAGGAUGAACUACGGGUGAAAAUUGAAGAAACUAAUGGUAAGAAAACGUACUUUCUUGGUGUGUUUGAUGGUCAUGGAGGCGGGGAAGCAUCAGUUUAUGCGAGAAGUUAUUUGUAUAACAAAAUAAUUGAACAACCUGGAUUUCAUGAUGAUGAUCCAUGUAAAGUAAAAGAUGCAAUUCGUGAUGGUUUUAUAAAAACUCACUGGGAAAUGUAUCGAAUUGCAGAUACAUGGCCAAAAAGAAGAGAUGGUAGUAACUCUACUAGUGGAACCACUGCCACGGUUGCUAUAAUUAAAGACAAUAAAUUGUACAUUGCACAUGUUGGUGAUUCAGGGGCUGCUAUUGCUUACAAAAGUGGUGAUGAUUUUCUUUCUAAAGAAUUAACUGUUGAUCAUAAACCUGAAAAUUUAAAGGAAAGAUCAAGAAUAGAGAAUCUGGGAGGAAAAGUGUCUACAAGUGGUGUGCCUCGUGUUGUUUGGAAACGACCAUUAAAAAAUCCUCAUUAUAUAUCAUCUGAAAACUCUGUUACACAGCAUGAAUACAUACCAUUUCUUGCAGUAGCAAGAGCACUAGGUGAUUUUUGGAGUUUUGAUCCUGAAAGAAAUGAAUUCAUUGUUUCCCCAGAACCUGAUAUCAAAUGCAUUGACAUUGUUCCAGAUAUUCAUAAAUUUCUCAUUUUAGCAAGUGAUGGUUUGUGGGGGGUAAUGAAUGCAAAGCAAGCUGUAGACAUAGUAACAAACUACGAAAGAAACGCAGAUGAAAUGCCUUUAGAAAGAAACUGUGCAACUGUACUAUGCAACCAAUCACUGGAGUUCUGGAAAAAACGGCAUUCUCGUGCUGACAAUAUCUCAGCUGUUGUACUGUUCUUUGAUGAAGAGUUUGGUAGUUGUGAUUCUUUGUACUAUGAUUCAGAAAAUAGCACUUUAAGUUUAGAGGAUGGGGAAGAUACACCACCAUUAUUUGAUACUUUACCCCCAGUUUUAGUGCGUAAUUUAGACUUUCAAGAAAUUCCACUUUCUGCUCAUUUGCCUGUCAAGGUUUUGUCAGGAUCAUCUCAGAAAAGAAAUUGUAAGCAUAAACGUAAGCACGAGGAAGAUCACAAAGGAAGCAAGUUGAAAUAUGUUAAAAUAGGAGUUGAUGAUAACAUUAAAACUGAUGUUAGCCCUGAAAGUUUAAAUGAAUUACAACUUGAUGAAAUGUUUGCUGAUGAUGAAAAUGAGGAUGCUUCUUCAGUUAAAAUCUCAAUUUUAAAACCAUUUCUUAAGUCUUAGCAUCAUAGUUUUUUCAAUUUCAA